UAUUGUAAUUUCUUAAAGCAAUAAGAAACUUACGUUACAAAAUUACUUCAAUGUAUGUAAAUGACUAAUGAAGCUAACUUAAUUUAUUAUUGAUUGCUUUAGAUAGUUAUAUUGGUAGUAUUUGGUUACGUUGUAAUUUUUAUUUGUAUUGGAACUUGAGUAAAUCUGAUGUCCUCGUGUAUCUCACAAGGAUGACAAGAGGGCAGAUAUUAUGAUGUAAAGAAGAAACUGCAAAACCACAGAUCGUUUACCAUUUUCUUCCAUAUUGGCUGAACAAAAGACAAAUUUUGGUUACUGUGUAAUAAAUAACACACAUUCCGCAUGCCCCAAACAGUGUUCAUGUCAAACAGAAUGAACUAUCGUAAUGAACUGAACGUUGACAAAAUUAUUGAGCAACUGUUGUCCGUAAGAAACUCAUUGGAAAAACAGGUCCAGUUACCUGAACACCAGAUUAGGCAGCUGUGUCAGGUUUCUAGAGAAAUAUUCCUUAAUCAACCCAUGCUUGUGGAACUAGAAGCCCCAGUAAACAUCGUUGGUGACAUACAUGGUCAGUAUGGUGACCUUUUGCGCCACUUCAAUAAAAUAGGUUAUCCUCCUGAGGCUAACUACUUAUUUCUUGGAGAUUAUGUAGACAGAGGUCGUCAAUCCUUGGAGACCAUAUGUUUGUUGUUAUCCUACAAGAUUAAGUUCCCUAAUAACUUCUUCCUCUUAAGAGGAAACCAUGAAUGCGCCAGUAUUAACAGGGUGUACGGAUUCUAUGACGAAUGUAAAAGAAGAUACAGCAUCAAACUGUGGAAGACUUUCACUGAUUGUUUCAACUGCCUGCCAGUAGCUGCCUUAGUAGAGGGUACAAUAUUCUGUAUGCAUGGCGGUCUCUCACCUGAUUUACUGAACUUGGAACAGCUUCGACAAAUACCCCGUCCGAUCGACGUGCCUGACAACGGCCUAAUCUGUGAUCUACUAUGGUCAGAUCCAGAUGAGGACAUAACAGGCUGGGGAGAAAAUGAUCGAGGUGUGUCAUACACUUUUGGUGGUGACGUAGUUCGAAUGUUUCUUGAAAAACAUGAUCUAAGUUUAGUUGUCAGAGCUCACCAGGUUGUCGAAGAUGGUUAUCAGUUUUUCCAGAAAAGACAGUUGGUAACGAUAUUCAGUGCUCCUAACUACUGUGGGGAGUUCGAUAACGCUGGUGCUGUCAUGACUGUGUCAGAAGAUCUCACUUGCUGGUUCACAAUCCUGCCGCCUGACAGAAUGAGACUCUUUAUCAAAUCACCUGGAAGCAAAGACUGAGACCAGAUAAUCUUAAAAUUGUUGGAUCGAAAAUGAAAAUUUACCUAUUUUCUGUUGGAUGUCAACUCAUCAAAAUGAGAAGAAAUGCGAGUAACUAAGAUUUACGCUUCAAAAAGAUCCGUAUCGAGAUCGUUAGAGGACAGAGAAGGGAAUUGUUUUCAGAACUAUUUCAUGUGUCAACACACCAACGUAGGGAAUACAAAAAUAUCACACAAACUUGAAUCAGUUAUCUUGUUUACUAAGAACUGGAUCUCUGUUACUUAACUGAGCUGACUGAUGUAUUGUGACAAUGAUAAUUUCAAUACAGUUUUUGUUAAACUUUGUCCGCUGAACUCUUUAAACAAUGACUUAUUAAAUGCUGUUCUUUGCCAUUUUAAAUAUUUAGGAUUUAAUGCAUAGGUUUGUUUUAAAAUAUAUUGAAAUCAAACUUUUAUAUAUACUUAUCAAACACCAGAAAAACAAAUAAAAAACUUAUUCCUGCACUAGUUGGAAUAAAAUUUUCUGUACGAUAACUAUAGGUAUAUUACAUCGGUUUACAGAAGUUGAAUCACGUAUCGAUGCAGUUAUUUUUCUAAUAGGGUUUCGUAAUACAUAAUUAUUUUAACCACAAAUUUUACUUAUUACAUAAUCAAGAGCUUUUAAUUAACCGAAACAUAAAUGUUAUAUCUGCUGGUUUUGGCUAAUUGUAUAAAAAUAUACAUAUAAUAUAUAUACUAAUAACUAAAGUC